ACCCAGUAAUCAUGAUAAUGGCGGUCGAUUUCCUCCGGCUCCAAUAUCUACGAUAAAAUCGGCUAUAAUAUAACGGUAUAGGUUUAGCCUAAGUUAUUUCACCAAAACCUGAUUACUUCACCGUUUCGAUGCAUUGAAUCACAGGAGUCUGAGGAGAGGAGUUUUACAAACAUUUAUCAAAGGUUCUACAUAGGAACUGCUCUGAAACAAUAAAAUUUGACAAUCCUACGUCCCAGACACUAUGAGUAAAUUUGAAGAAGAGCCUGGUGUUACAGAUCUUGUUUUAAUUGUAGAGGGGAGGAGAAUUUAUGUGACGAAAGCUAUCCUCAUGCAUGUUUCUCCUGUUUUUAAAACAAUGUUUACAUCAGACUUCAAAGAAAAGAGGCAACAAGAGAUUCAACUUCCUGGAAAGAAAUAUGACAACUUUGUAUUGUUUUUAGCUCAAAUUUAUCCUGGGGAACGACCUCCUCUCACAGGGGAUGUUCUCACAAAGAUUUUACCCUAUGUAGAUGAAUAUCAAGUGGACUAUCUGAAGAAAGAUUGUCAAAAUAUACUUCUACAAAGUUUAGAAGUAUCUAAAGGAUUGAGAUAUUUACUAGACAGCCUAUAUAUAGCCACAACCUAUGGAUUUCAACAACUCUACCAGAAGGCUUUACAUCAUCUGAGAUUUUUUUCUCUGGAUUCUUAUAAGGAAAGCAGCAUCUUUAAACGUUUGCCUUCAGAAACAAAGCUGGAAUUGGCAUUUGGUAGAUGUCGCCAUUUGGAAAGGAAAAAAGAGAAUUACAAGAAAAGACUAAGAAAAUCAUGAUUAUAAUAAGAUAAAUCUAUUAUCAGGCUAGGAUUAUCAUUAAACAGUAAUAUAAUUCAUCAAGAUUAUAUAUUUGUAUGUAUGUGGGUAUGUGUGAUGGAUUAUAAUUUUGUUGUCAUGUGAAUAAGCAUUAAGGACUUAAUUUAAUGUAUUUUGGUUUGUUUUAUGUAUUUUUAUGUACAUUUUAAUGAAUAAUAUUAUUGUUUUUAUUAUGUAUUAAUUAUGUUAAAUCAUCAAUUAACAUAAUUGCAUGCAUCUUAGUUUAUUAAGCGGCAA